UGAGCUUCUACAUAGAUGCUCUUGCGUACAUAAGUCCCUCUACAUCUCCCGCCGUCGCGACCGACUCCCUCUCGAGUCUCCCUCCUCGUGUCUUUCCAACACCUCCACCUCCGGUACCACCACUCUCCCGUGUUCGCUGCUCUUUGCCGCAGGAGCACUAGUCUAGCCCCUCGUGCAGCCCACGCGUCUCGCAUAUAGAGACCACCUACAAGAGUCGUUGAGAACCAUUUGCUUGGUGUCCCGCGUCUCGCUGUGUUGUCUUAUUCCUUCCUGUCCUUGACACUACUGCUUCCUUACGUCGCUGACGACGAUCCUUGCCUGCUGAUUCGCCUUGAGUUCUAUUGUGACUCUUCCGUCCAUACGAGCUCGGUGGAGAGUUUGACUGAGCUACCUCGUGGGCUGUCAUAAACCGCGACCGUCCCGCGCGCGUUCGAACUUGGGUCGCGCGACGUCUCUUGAUUUCGCGUUCUGCCGGAUCCGCGCCUGCCUUCGCUCCGCAAGGUGACGGCGACCGACCUCCGCUCAUCACACGAUCAGCAGCCCCGUUACUUCUGCCGUCCGCCGACGAUCCCCAUCUCGCGCCGCUCUACAGCCUAUACACACUAAAACGUACCGUAUCACUGCCUGUUAAUUCUCUUGCGCCCUUACUGCGACUCCGUCAUCUCUGGCAUCUUAUAUUGCGACUACAUACCUGCUUCUAGUACCAGUACCUGUCUAUCCGCUGUAUAAUCUGUUUCACUAUCAACAACACACUCCCGCCAUGUCCGCGCCGAUGAACAUUCAGCACCGACGCACUCCUUCGGCGACCAUCUUCGCCGCUCCGCAACCUUCGCAUGCGCAUGCACGCAGUCUCUCUGGCCAGUUCGGUACCAGCUGGUCAGACGCGUUCGACUUCACCUCGUGCUCCCCUCUCAACUCCGAACUUCACCUAGGCGCGACGUCGCCCCCCAUGAGCACCGCCUAUUUGCCUUCGUCAUUCUCGUCCUCAUCCUCGCUAGGGCUAUCUACCUCUACAUCGAUGUGUGCCUCCAUGUCGAUGUCUUGCUCUCCGCGAGCGGAUUAUUUCACCUUUGAGCGUAAUUAUUGUUCCAACUUCGCAUGCUGUGGCAUCACGCUCCCCGACAUGCACGCACUCGUUGCCCACUUCGAGGAAACACAUAUCAACACACCCGACGCCGCCGUGCCAUUUGCAGCCAACUGCGGCGUGGGCCAGCGCGUUGGCGUGGCGGUACCCCAGUCGAAGCCCGUUCCGCAAAUUAAUGUUAACACUACUUUCGGAAUGAACCUGCGUCCGGGCACCGCGUCCAGCGACGCACCCUCACCGCAUUCGUCCGUUGGUCCCGAGACUCCUCCACCUGCAUCUCACGUGCCCGCGUAUGGCUUCCCUUCGCAGCCACAACUGCAGGUCCAGACGCACAUGUAUGCGUCUUCUCGUGCUAACACCGCUUCGCCCUAUCCGCACUCGCCCUUCUCGAGUAACUCGCCAUAUGCGGCGUCUCCGCUUUCUGCGGGCUCUCCCGCCAGUUCAGGCGGUGCUGAGCAUUCGGAUGCAUCUGGAUCUAAUUCCGGCUCUACGGAAGAACUUGGUAUGGAUAUUGAUGUUGAUGUGCUUAUGCACUUUGACCCGCUUGAUGGUGGUGCACAUACACCAUUGGAUAGCACACCUCCCUCACCACUUGCUCACCCGAUUCGACCAGCAUCAGUAUUGCGUGCUGCAGCCCUCAAGAAUAAUGGCACUCCAGAUGCGCCUCCUGUUGGUUUCCCGCCCUCGUUGUUUACUGCGCCAGCUCCUUCCUUGGAAAGAGACGCAAGCAGAAACUCGUCGAAGAAGGAAAAGAAGGAGAAGAGAAGUCGACCGGACAGCCCUGUUCUCGAGGAAUCCGGAAGCUCUAGCUCUGGUGGAGCUGUGCGUAGAGAGAAAGCCCGCAAAACAAUAAGUCCAAUGAACUCGUUACUUGGGGCGACUGUCUCACGCACAUCUUCAAUUUCGUCCCAUGAUGCGUCGCCGAGCAGUGAGGAAGGCGACAAGGAAACUUGUACACAGGAAGAGAAAGUCGAACGUGAAGUACGAACUGGGAGACCGGAACGAGUAGAGAGAAAUGAGAAGGGUGGCAAGAAAGUACGCGAAAAGGCGUACAAAUGUCCUAAGCCAGGAUGCACGAAGAGCUACCUCAACCCGAACGGUCUCAAGUACCACACUUUGAAGGGUACAUGCACUUUUGCAGACGGUUCCACUGCGCCUCCGACACCCGUUACGCCGACCACUCCUUCUGUUCCGUCCGUUCCAUCUCUUCCACUUACCGCUUCAAACUCGCCAAUCCUAUCGAAGGCACCUGUUACAAGCUCAACAACCAUGACAUCACCCACUUCUCCGUUAGCACAUGCAUAUAGACAUCAAACUGGAAUGCCGGUUAUUGCUCCCCCGGCAGCUCCGUCAAUGAUGAUGUAUGCACCUGGCGUCUCGCAAGUGUGCUAAACUGUUUCACUUCUCACAUGCGAGCAAGUGGGGCAGGCAGCGCGUGGAGAGGCAUCGGGAAUGUUUGUUUCCGGCGAAGUCCCGAGUUCCAAGCGAGGCUGAGCGGAAAAGUGGUUAAAGGGUUCUUCCUUCUACGAGGCAACGUUGGGGAGGUGUAUGCGGUAUGGACGAUCUGGGAUCUCGGUUGUUUGCUUGGUGGCUUUUGGCACCGAGUAGACGAAAGUCAACCUUAGCGACGAUGAAGCGAGGCCGAGAAAUCGGACGAGGCGGGGUUUGCACCAGUUUACAAGCGUUGUUAGCUGUGUUUCAAGCUUAGGGGAAUAUUCUGUUACCCGGUCAUCCCGAUGUCCCGUCAUUCAACCGUGCAGCCGUUCAAUGGAAUAGGUACGCGACGAUCGUGCGAUGUCGGAUUUGAGUCCGUCAUGGGAGGGGAGGGGCGGCGCCCGUCUAGCAUGUUGGCUUGGAUCUUCGGCCUCGGUUGGCCUUGUUCCUGGAUUCACUGAGUCCACUUCGCCACGGUCAUUAGGCUCGAUCCUCACCAGUUGGACUCAAUUCGUGUCAGUCUCUAUCACGGUCCAUGAGGGGAUCGAAUAGUUUGGAAAACAAAACGCCUCGAAGACAGGAGAUCUCUGAUUUCUCCGCGAAAAGUAAACAUUUUGAAUGUUUGCGCUGAGCGUCGACAUUCAGAAUGUUGACUAAUAAUCUCAUACCCGCCACUGCGCGUCUCAACCCCAGUCGUCUCCAUUUCAUCUUAUUACUUGCUUUCCCCCAAACCUCAGGCCUUGAUAUUAUAUUCGAACUCGAACCCCACUCCAUUCGCAUUUCAAAAACCGAACUUAUAAUUUUCAUUUUGCCUCCUGCUGCCUGUCUUAUUUGCUCACCCUGUUUAUCGUCACCAUACAGUGUUGACGGAUUUCUCUUCUCUCAUCUCAAUAUUUCCGCUCCGUACCAUAUCUUGCCGUAUAACAUCCCGUCUAAAAUCCUGACUUACAUUCCUCACCGC